AGCUAGAUCUACGCGGAUUCUCAAAGUCCUAACGCAACACUUCCUUUCUCCCACUACAAAUAAGAAGACUCCCAAGUCACAACCACAAUCUUCAACUUCAGCUCUCUCUCUUUCUGAUCCGGAGUACUCACCGCCAUGGCCGAGAGAGCAGUGUACCCGACUCCGACUCCCCUUUUGAAAGAUGAGCUCGACAUCGUCAUCCCUACCAUCAGAAACCUCGAUUUCUUGGAGAUGUGGAGGCCAUUCUUCCAGCCAUACCAUCUCAUCAUUGUCCAGGACGGUGACCCUUCAAAGACCAUUAAUGUCCCUGAAGGCUUCGACUAUGAGCUCUAUAAUAGGAACGACAUUAACAGGAUUCUGGGUCCCAAAGCUUCUUGUAUUUCCUUUAAGGACUCUGCUUGUAGGUGCUUUGGCUACUUGGUUUCUAAGAAGAAGUAUGUCUAUACUAUUGAUGAUGACUGCUUUGUUGCCAAGGAUCCUUCUGGCAAAGAUAUUAAUGCACUUGAGCAGCACAUAAAGAACCUUCUGAGUCCAUCCACUCCAUUUUUCUUCAACACCCUGUAUGACCCAUACCGAAAUGGCGCAGAUUUUGUCCGUGGGUAUCCAUUCAGCCUUCGGGAGGGUGUCCCCACAGCUGUAUCUCAUGGCCUCUGGCUCAACAUCCCAGAUUACGAUGCCCCAACCCAGCUUGUCAAGCCUCUUGAGAGGAACACCAGGUAUGUGGAUGCUGUAAUGUCAAUACCAAAGGGAACAUUGUUCCCCAUGUGUGGUAUGAAUCUGGCAUUUAACCGGGAAUUGAUUGGUCCUGCAAUGUACUUUGGUCUUAUGGGUGAUGGUCAGCCGAUCGGACGCUAUGAUGAUAUGUGGGCUGGCUGGUGCACGAAGGUUAUAUGCGACCACUUGGGUUUCGGAGUGAAGACAGGAUUGCCUUACAUUUAUCACAGCAAAGCAAGCAACCCAUUUGUGAACCUUAAAAAGGAAUACAAAGGGAUCUACUGGCAAGAAGAGCUGAUCCCAUUUUUCCAGUCUGCUGCCCUUCCGAAGGACUGCAACACUGUCCAGAAGUGCUAUAUUGAACUAUCCAAGCAAGUCAGGGCAAAACUUGGUAAAAUUGAUGAAUACUUCAUCAAGCUAGCAGAUGCCAUGGUCACAUGGAUAGAAGCAUGGGAUGAGCUUAACUCAUCUGGGAACUCUGGUGAAUUGGCCAAUGGUACUGGAAAGUAGAAAUGUUAUCAUCUCAUUGAUAGUCCUUAGGCAUGAGACAGUUAAUCAAGCUUUUUUGCUUUGAAGCUUGGAUUAAUUAUUUUGCUGGUGGAGGAAACAGAUAUUUAUUUAUAUUGUUGUUUUAACAAUAACAGGUUAUGCAUUUCUGUAUUCAAUUAGAUUUUGUUAUUGUUGCUAUUUAAAUUAAUGGUAAUGGUCUUUUUGUUGUUAAA